AUGCGUCGAUUUGUGUCCACCGUGCUGCUUUUUCUCCUUUGGCUCGCCGGUGGCCCCUGCGCCCUCGCGGAGCACCGCUGCAUCUUUGACAAGGUUGCCUUGAAUUUGUCCCAGCUGCAGACCGCCGUGGUGCAGGAGCUCCCACGGGGAAGAGCAGGCGCAUGGCAGGCGUACACCGUGUCCACCCCUGACUGGGCGCCGAUCCGGAUUAAAGUGUUUGCGGAGGAUCUGAAGGACACAAGGAAGUACUGCACGGUGCGGGGAGACGUACGAUCGGAUUUCACUGGGGGCAGGGUUUUGUGCCGGCGGCAGGAUGUUCUCACGAAAGAGAAGAUGAGGAUUAUGGUCAACAGGCUGCUUCCCGAGGCCGUCAAGCUGCACACGGAGCGGCUUUUUGUGCAGCCCGUCAGUGGCGUCUUGAGGUUGCCAAGGUUCAAGCUGGGAGUCUGCGGCGAGUUUACUGUCCCCAUCGCGCACCACUUGUCGGG